AAAAAAAAUUUCCCAUUUUACCCUUUCCUUUUGCUUUCCCUAUCUGGCAACCUGAAAAUAAGUUCCAAACUCUCAAUCAAUGCUUCCUCUUACUCCUCCGAUAUAGAAUCAAACCCUUUUCGAUUUGAGUGUGUGUGUGUGUGAGUGUGUGUUCGUUUCUCUAGCAAAAGUUAAUAAUCCCUGAAACGAACAAUCUUUUUGAAAAAGAGAGAUUACUUUUUCAUUCAGCAAAUGGGGCGAGAGAGUAACUCAACGAGCCCAGAAAAAAGUCAUAGCAACAUGGAUACACAGGUUUUCUUGAAUGUAUAUGAUCUUACUCCUGUUAAUGCUUACAGCAUCUGGUUGGGUUUUGGCAUCUUUCAUUCGGGUAUUCAAGUGUACGGUAUGGAAUACGGGUUUGGAGCACACGACUUUCCGAUUAGCGGGGUGUUUGAAGUCGAACCGAAGAGUUGCCCGGGUUUUAUCUACAGAUGUUCAAUACCGUUAGGGCAAGUAAGCAUAUCUCCGACGGAGUUCAGGAAUUUCAUAGAGACGGUGGCUUCAGAGUAUCAUGGGGACACCUAUCACCUCAUUUCCAAGAACUGCAACCAUUUUACGGACGACAUCUCCCAAAGAUUAACAGGCAAAAGCAUUCCCGGGUGGGUCAAUCGACUCGCCAAAGUAGGUGCGGUUUGCAGUUGUCUCCUUCCCGAAAGCCUUCAAGUAACCACGGUUAAACAGCUGCCGGAGUAUCAUAAUUGCGAAGAAGACGGGAGCGGGUCUAUGUCAACGUCUACGGCUCAAGAAGCGGGAGAAUACGAAGACACGGAGCAAGACAAACGGCUACUCUCACCGCAAGCGUCGGGCGAAGUAGCUUUUAUUAGAGAGGUUGCUAGAUAGGUGGAAUAUUUUGCCUUAUGUUUGUUGUAUGUAUUUUUUAAAUGAUUUGAUUGUUUGGGACUUCCUAUUAUUACAUAUGGUGUAAACAAUAAGAUUUAUUAAAGAUUAGGAGUGUGCGUAUA